AUGGCCACCUACAAAGUCAGGGUGGCCACGGGCACCGACUUCUUGUCAGGAACCAUGGACUCCAUCUCUCUGAUCAUCGUGGGGACUCAGGGAGAGAGCCAUAAGCAGCUGCUGAACCACUUUGGGAGAGAUUUUGCAACUGGUGCGGUGGACGACUACACUGUCCAGUGUCAGCAGGACCUGGGGGACCUCAUCAUCGUCCGCCUGUUCAAGGAGCGCUACUCCUUCUUCCCCAAGAACCCUUGGUACUGCAACUACGUGCAGGUCUGUGUGCCCAAUGGCCGCAUCUACCACUUCCCUGCCUACCAGUGGAUGGACGGCUACGAGACCCUGUCGCUCCGGGAGGCUACAGGAAAGACAGCAGCAGAUGACACACUCCCGAUCCUUCUGGAACACCGAAAGGAGGAGCUCAGAGCCAAGCAGGACUUCUACCACUGGAGAGUCUUUGUUCCUGGCCUGCCCAACUACGUACACAUCCCCAGCUACCGCCCUCCUGCCCGGAGAAACCCCAACCGGCCGGAGUGGAAUGGCUAUAUCCCCGGGUUCCCGAUUCUCAUCAACUUUAAGGCCACCAAGUUCCUGGACUUAAAUCUGCGUUACUCCUUCACCAAGACGGCCGCCUUCUUUUUCCGCCUGAGCCCCAUGGCAUUGGGGUUCAAACUCCGCGGCCUGGUGGACAGCAAACGGUCCUGGAAGAAACUGAAGGACAUUAAGAAAAUUUUCCCUGGAAAUAAAUCUGUCGUCUUCGAGUACGUGGCUGAGCACUGGGCAGAGGACAGCUUCUUUGGGUACCAGUACCUCAAUGGCAUCAACCCAGGCCUGCUCUGCCGCUGCACGCGGAUACCGGACAAGUUCCCAGUCACAGACGACAUGGUGGCCCCCUUCCUGGGCGAGGGAACGUGCCUACAAGCGGAACUGGAGAAGGGGAACAUUUACCUAGCCGACUACCGCAUCUUGGAGGGCAUUCCCGCUGUUGAACUUAACGGCCAGAAGCAGUACCACUGCGCCCCACUCUGCCUGCUGCACUUUGGCCGGGAAGGGAACCUCCUGCCUAUUGCCAUCCAGCUCAGCCAGACCCCCGGGCCCAACUGCCCCAUCUUCCUGCCCAGUGACUCCGAGUGGGACUGGCUGCUGGCCAAGACGUGGGUGCGCUAUGCUGAGUUCUACUGCCACGAGGGCAUCUCCCACUUGCUGGAGACCCACCUCAUCGCUGAGGCCUUCUGCCUGGCCUUGCUGAGGCAGCUACCCAUGUGCCAUCCCCUCUACAAGCUCCUCAUCCCCCACACCCGGUACACCAUCCAGAUCAACAGCAUCGGGCGGGCUGUCCUCCUUAAUGAAGGGGGGCUCUCCGCCAGGAGUAUGUCCCUGGGCCUGUCGGGCUUUGCCGAGGCGAUGGUGCGGGCUCUGUCGGAGAUCAAGUACGAAAACCUCUACCUCCCCGAUGACUUCGUGAGACGUGGGGUUCAGGACCUGCCAGGGUAUUAUUACCGGGAGGACAGCCUGGCAGUGUGGGAUGCACUGGAGAGGACCUGGGCAGCACUGAUGUGGCCUGGGCCUUACCCGCCUGCACCUGCCCUCCCACCAGGCUUCCCCACAUGCUUGCGAACUGUGCCUGAACUGAUCCGAUAUGUCACCAUUGUCAUCUACACCUGCUCUGCCAAGCAUGCAGCUGUCAACACAGGGCAGUUGGAAUUCACCGCCUGGAUGCCCAACUUCCCCUCAUCCAUGCGGAACCCACCAAUACAGGCCAAGGGGCUGACCACGCUGGAGACCUUUCUUGACACAUUGCCGGAUAUUAAGACCACAUGCAUCAUCCUACUGGUGCUUUGGACACUCAGUCGGGAGCCCGAUGACAAGCGGCCCCUGGGCCACUUCCCGGACAUCCACUUCGUGGAGGAGGCCCCGCGGAGGAGCAUAGAGACCCUCCGCCAACGUCUGGCCCAGAUCUCACACAACAUCCGCCAACGCAACAAGUGUCUCCCCAUCCCCUACUACUACCUGGACCCCAUGCUGAUCGAGAACAGCAUUUCUAUAUAGCACAGCCCCUCUCCACUCCCCUUUCCUGCCUUGCACCCGCCUGUU